UAUACUAGGACAAACGAAGGUAGAAAGGCGACGGAUCGCCGAGUGGCUCAGUAUUGUUAGCCGAGUGCCCGCGAACGUUUGGGUGACAGUUACACUUGCGGAGAUGAAUUGCGGAGAAUCGGAAUUCAACAUUCUGUUGGCUACGGACUCCUACAAGGUUACACAUUAUAAGCAGUAUCCACCAAAUACCAGUAAAGUUUACUCUUAUUUUGAAUGCCGGGAAAAGAAUUUUGAAAAUUCAAAAUUCCGAAAGGUGAAAUAUGAAGAAACUGUAUUUUAUGGAUUACAGUACAUUCUCAAGAAGUACUUAAAAGGGAAAGUGGUGACCAAAGAAAAAAUUCAAGAGGCCAAAGCUGUGUAUCGAGAGCACUUUCAGGAUGAUGUCUUUAACGAAAAAGGCUGGAAUUACAUUCUUGAGAAAUAUGAUGGCCAUCUUCCCAUUGAAAUAAAGGCUGUCCCCGAGGGUAGCGUCAUCCCAAGGGGAAACGUGCUUUUUACAGUGGAAAAUACAGAUCCUGAAUGUUUCUGGCUCACAAAUUGGAUUGAGACAAUCCUGGUUCAGACUUGGUAUCCAAUCACUGUGGCAACAAAUUCAAGAGAACAAAAGAAAAUUCUGGCAAAAUAUUUGCUUGACACUUCUGGUAGCUUGGAAGGAUUAGAGUAUAAAUUACAUGACUUUGGCUACAGAGGAGUCUCUUCACAGGAGACUGCAGGAAUUGGUGCAUCUGCUCACUUGGUAAAUUUUAAAGGAACAGACACUGUAGCAGGGAUUGGAUUAAUAAAGCGAUACUAUGGUACAAAAGACCCAGUUCCAGGAUUUUCUGUCCCAGCAGCUGAACACAGCACAAUAACAGCCUGGGGUAAAGAUCGUGAAAAGGAUGCAUUUGAGCAUAUUGUGACACAGUUUUCCUCCGUACCAGUCUCUGUGGUCAGUGAUAGCUACGACAUUUACAAUGCAUGUGAGAAAAUCUGGGGGGAGGAUUUAAGGCAUUUAAUAGAGUCGAGAAGUGCGGCGGCACCAUUAAUAGUUCGACCGGAUUCUGGAAAUCCUCUUGAUACGGUAUUAAAGGUUUUGGAAAUUUUGGGAAGGAAAUUUCCUGCUGAAGAAAAUUCAAGAGGAUAUAAAGUUUUGCCUCCUUACCUUCGGGUAAUACAAGGAGAUGGUGUUGAUAUAAAUACACUUCAAGAGAUUGUAGAAGGAAUGAAAAAGCAUAAAUGGAGUAUUGAAAACAUAGCAUUUGGAUCUGGAGGAGCACUGCUGCAGAAACUGACCAGAGACCUUCUGAACUGUUCGUUUAAGUGCAGCUAUGUGGUGACCAAUGGCCUUGGGAUUAAUGUUUUUAAGGAUCCUGUUGCUGAUCCAAAUAAAAGGUCAAAGAAAGGGCGAUUGUCUUUGCAUAGAACCCCCAAAAAUGAUUAUGUGACCCUAGAAGAAGGAAAAGGGGAUCUGGAGGAGUAUGGCCCAGAUCUCCUUCAUACAGUCUUUAAGAAUGGUAAGAUAAUUACAUGCUACUCUUUUGAUGAUGUCCGAAGCAACGCUGGCCUGAAGAAUAGGGAACUAGAAGACGAGAUUCAGUAAAUUUCUUGUUUUCUGUGUAUCUCCAUCAUGUAUGUCAUAGAUAACUGUACAAAACGAUAUGUACCUUUCUUUUUGUGUUUUUGCCAUGUUUAUUUGUUAAUUUCUUAGCGUCUAUUUCUUAGUGAAUGUUUGUUUUUAUUGAUUAUCAACACUAUUUUGAGAUCCUUGGUUAAAUACCCAGUUUAAUAUUUGAAGAAAAAGAUAAGCUCUCAUUUCUUUGAGUAGCGUUUUUAGGGACUCCCCUUUAGAUUAUAUAUAAUAUGUAUAUUUUUUUUUUUUGUAGGCCGACGUCUGUAAAAUAUAUUUAAUGUUUUAAUAAAUGGCUCCUGAUCUUUUUACUGCAAUGCUUGUUUAACCAGUUUAUCGUGUUUUAACUCUGUAAAAUGAAGCCAGACAAGGAUUGAUAAUUAAUUCACAGGUCAUAAGACAUGCACACACUUAUACGCACCUGUAUCGUAAAAAAAAUUGUUUUUCCCAAUUGAAGGGACUUUGUAAUGAGGCAAUAAAUCUGCAGUAGAGAAUUAUUUUAACAUCCAAAUGUCUCUUAGUAAUGAUGUAUAACCCCACAAUGCACUGAGCCGGACAUGGUCAGUAAGCCAAGUAGGUGUUAUAUUUAUGUAGCCUCCAAUCACAGGUUGUGUUCCGCUGAUAACCCAAUGCAAGGGUUAUUGCAUUAACAGGUCGUUUUUUUUUGUUUUGUUUUUUUUUUUUAAUGUAUUUUGUAUGUGACAUGAGCAGAGUAUUUCAAUACACAAAACUAAAAUUGUGGGAAAUGCAUCUUUUCAUUUGCCUUAUUGACUACAAAUAGUUGUUUCAGUUAGCAGUCUCUUUUUAACUGCUCCUCAUUAUGACUAAGCACUAUACAGAUUAUUAUAUAUGUAAGAGACUUAUCGAUAUAUGCUUCCUAACGGUAUUAACUUGAGAGCAAAUGUUAUAAAUACAAAUGAAGCAUGUAUAUUUUUCAUAGCUUUUGAGAGCUUUCAUGUACCUAUUGGAAUCAAACAUAAUAAAUGAUUGAUCAUCAUGCAAUCCUGCAAUUAUUAUUUUUUUGCUUUGUAUGCCUUUAAUAUUUACUACUAUAGUAGUACACCUUUUUUUUUUUUUUUUUUUUUUUUUUCUUCUUCUUAUCGGCAACUUUUGUAGAAGGUCCAUCCUUGAAUUACUACUUUUUUAUGAGAGAAAAAAAAUGCUCAUAGCAUAAUUUUUUCAGUAGUAUGCAUUUUAUUUAUAAAAAUCCAAAUAUAAAUUUUAUAUAUAUUAUUUUUUUUGUCUGACUUAACUGGAAUUUAGUUGUGUGUAUAUAAAAGCUGCAUGUACCAGUUAUUAUUUUGUUAAUGUGCAUAAUAGCUAACUUUUAUUUACAAAAGGAUGUCAGCACCUUUUUGUCAGUGAGCAACAGGACAUGGGGUGGUUAAUAGCAUUGGGAUGCUCCAGUAAGAUUAAGAUUAUAUUUUACACUACUCCAAAUUAGAGCGACGCCUUGGUUUGCUUCUUUUUUUGGUAAGAGUACUACUAUAAAUGUUACUGUUUAACCCCAGAAUAGUAGAUGUGCCAGUUUCAGAAAUAAGAGUCCUUGAAUUUGUUAGUGGCAAACCUUUUUGAGAGCAUGUCCCCAAAUUGGGAAUAAUAUUUAAAAAGAAAAAUAUUUCAGGCCGUAGUGUUAGCACUGCAUGCUAGAUGCAAUAUAAAAAAAAAUAUUGUCACCUUGGUAAGCGUGCUAAGGUUUUGCCUUUCUUGCACAAAAUUUUGAAGGCCAUUUUAGUUAAUAAAAAAUAUAUAAAAAUUGUUUAAAAUUUGGAUCUGACUGUACUUUUCAGUCUUUUCAUUUUUUUUUUUUUUAUUAUUAUUAAUAAUUAUGUGACUUUUAAAUCAUUCAUCACUUUUAUAUUUCUAUUAAGAUAAUGAAUUAUAUUUUUGUUGAAGCUUUAUUUUAAAUCCAGCUUGGUUUUUUGACCUUUUUUACAGGCAUCUUGUAUUGGCCGUUUUAAAAGGCUCAUGGAGUAUACUGUCUUUAAUAAUGUUGUGUUAUAUAUAUAUAUAUAUAUAUAUAUAUAUGAGACCUGCUUGGAUUUGUAUGCCAUAGAGUGGGGAAUGAGCCAUGUGACUAACUUUUAUUAUGAGUGUAGGUUUAAUAUCUUUAUGCAAGUUUUAUCUCCAUUUGCUUCAAGUAACAUUUGAUUUAAGGUUACCGAGCACAUCAAAUGCAUGCAGUAUUUUUGUUGACCUGGUUAAAUCGAAGACUAUUUGCAUUGCAUAAUAUUUUGUUUGCUGUGUACUGAACCGUAAGAACUUAAGCAGGUAAUCUUUUAAUAUAUGGAAAAUGGUUUAUAGUCUUCUUCUAUUCCAUUCUAACUGCAGGUGGGCUAUGCAGACGUGUUCAGAUCAACCUCCCCUGCAGUGUAGGAUUUUGCUUGGAAUUCAAACUAAUUUUAUCAUGGCAGAGAACUGAUUUAAUGUAAAAUCAACGUAACACAGGAAAUGUAAAUUUCAUUUCUUAAGAGAAUACAAAUAAAUGUACAUUUUUAGAUAUUUUUGUUAAAGGUCUCAAAUCAGCCAUUCUAUAAAAAAAAAAUAGGUUUUGACAACUAAAUAAUGCCCUUUGUGAUAUUUUUAUAUAUGAAUGCCCGGUAUACUUGUGCACUGAUUUCCUAUUUGUGUACUACAAUUCAAAUAAAUUUUAUUUUGGGCACCAUUCGAUACAAUCUGUGUACAUACUUAAUUUUACAUGGCAUCCAAUUACUGAGUUCUUUUCUUGAUGCUAGUAGGCUUAUCAAAUAUUGGAUAAAUCUAUUCUGUAUUAGUUCUAUAACGAGACAGUUUUCAGAUGAAAUAUACAAAAGAUAAAACCAUAUAAUGUUAUUCAGACCUAGAUGUUGAAAUUGUGAUUCAAUCUCUUCCAUUUAGAAGCAGGACUUCAUGUUUGCAGAAAUCAUUGAAAACCUCUAUUUUGAUGAAAUACAUUUUUUUUUCUUAAUUUAUAUGAAAGUAUUUCUUUAAAAAAAAAAAUUGAGUGUAAGAAUGGUAUGUGUGUCAAAAUUUAAAGUAAUUUAUUUGUGAUCUGUAUGUACUGUUCUAAAUGGCUUUUAUAUAUAUAUUUUUUCCUGAUAUGCACUGUUAUGGCAUUUGAUGCAAAUACCUUUUUUUAUUUGUUUUUGUAAAAAUGUCUCUUCAAAGAUCUAAAGUAUUGCCCAAUUCCUUAUGUGGAAUGUGCUACUCCAACAACUGUUUAAAAUGUAAUGUAAUUUCCUGUAUAAACACUGAAUAAUAUUAAAAACAUACUUUCAAAUUGUA